GGGGAGGGGGGAAGGGUUCCAUUGAUAAUAGAUAAAGAAAUUUUAGUCAUGACAAGAAAAAUGGUUGACGCCUCAUUUUUAUCUUCAUCAUCAACAUCAAUAUAUGAGGCAGAAACUGAAGAACUUCAACAUAUGCCAUUGAAGCCAUUGAUGAAAAACAAGAAAUGUUUAUCGAAGCAAUUAUCCAUGUGCGAGACAUCCCGAGGAAUGGAUUGGGAGCGAAGGAACCGGCAGGUUGUCCGUCAAGAAAGAGGGAAAAACACGGAAGAAGGGCCACGGCUGACGGCGGUGCCGUCGUUGAUGAGAAACAGGAGAUACUUAUCCAAGCAAUUAUCAAUGUUGGAGACAUCGAGGGACAUAGCGUGGGAGAGAAGGCGACGCCAGAUUCUUCGUCAGGAAAGAGGGAAGAAUGGGAUUGCGGAAGGUAAUGGGAAUGGAUUAACGGACGAAGACUUGCAUGAACUCAAAGGUUGCAUUGAGCUUGGGUUUGGAUUCAAUGAGGAAGAAGGGCAACAGCUUUGCAAUACAUUGCCUGCUUUGGACCUUUAUUUUGCUGUAAACCGUCAGCUUUCUCCUAGUCCAGUUUCCACGCCUCAUAGCCGACGUUCUUCUUCCCUAUCAUCUCUAGGUGGCAGGUCUUCUUCUUUUGGAAGUCCUAAGAGCGAUCAAGAUUGGAAAAUUUGCAGCCCAGGGGAAGAUCCUCAGCAAGUGAAGACAAAGCUAAGGCAUUGGGCACAAGCAGUGGCAUGUUCCGUGAUGCAGUCAUAUUGAAGUAGUGGGGUUGGCUUGUACAGAUCUAGAGUCAAGACAAAAAAAAAGAGCAAAACGAAGAGAAAGCCAGGGAACAGAGAAAGAGAUAUUGACUUCAUUAUUUUAGGUUAUUUCUUUGAUUUAACCAUAAAAAAAGAACAAUUUUAACAAAGUGGACAAACAAAGUGUCAUCAAGGGAAAAUGGUGCUGCAUUUUGGGGGCAUUCUUUUAAUGCAAAAUAUCAGAAACAUUUGGACAUGAAGACAAGUUUGGUUAUAGACAGGUUUUUGCUUAAUAACCCUAAGAUUUGUAACCAAUUUUUUGUAUUCUCUCAUGUAAACAACACCACUAUGCAUUUUUGGGCUGAGGGAAUGUAUUGUUUAAUUGCUACCAUUUAAUGAUUUUAGUUGAAGUGUUUCAACACAAUGAUUUAGAUGAAGUGUUUCAACACAAUGAUUUAGAUGAAGUGAUACCAGAUAUUUAGAUUUUUUUUUUAUGCAAUUUUUUCAAUAUACGAUUGAUUGUUUUUGCAACACUUCUAUUUGAACCAGGAUAUGUGAUGUAUAAGCCAUUCCCAAGUAUUAAUCUGCUAAUAGUCCUAUAUAUCACUUUAUUGCGAAAUGAGGACAUCAACAAUGGGUCUGAGUCAAUGAUUGGAAAGCUGAUUUUUGUAUAAAGUCGGAUCAAGAACCAGGGCCAUGGUGUUCACCCGAAUACAUGCUGGUGUCAUUAGCUUAGUUACGUAUGAUCGGGUAUCAUAUGAGCAGAGCUGAAAAUAAUCCAAGGACGAGGGUUGCAAAUGCAAAGAUUUGAAUCCUAGACUUAAACCUCAGCUUUUAGCAUUAUGUUAUAACAUCAUGCUUACUCCAACACUAAGCAUAUUUCCAUAUAAUUUCAUUCCACAAAGUUUCAAGCGGAAGGUACUAAAGCAACAAUUUCAAAGUGACAAACGGCAACAAUUCAUAACACCAUUUCAUUCAUUGAUCUGUCUACAGGUUCAGGUCAAAGAGGAUAUCCAGGAAGUUUAGGGUGACAAACCCUAAAAAUCGAAAUAGAAAGAUGACCAAAGCUCUGAUAUCAAUCACAAGCAAGUAGUAAUCCAACUUAAAAGGUAAAGAAAAGCAAACCAAGGGGAUUAAUCCUCUUCAAGAUUGAUGGAGUCCUUGAA